GCAUUGUUGCAAUCAGCGACAAUAAAUCACAAAAAUUUGGUCAAAAUGUCCAAGGGCGCAUUCGUGACUUAAGUGGCAAAUCCCUGUGAGCACAACCGUUUUAAGUAAAGCAGUCAUAACAGACUACACACUAUUAGUCAUAGUGAUCUGUUUUUGUUCGGGAUGUUCGGUAUCUUAUCUACAGCAGUUUUUCCAGUUCGGUAAGACUGGUUCAAUAUUAUUUGAACAGAUUUGCUACUAAUAAAUCCACGGGGGUUAUCCCAAAAUUAAUCAUUUUUUUAUGGAUUAUUCAAAAGUAAAUCAGCGUUGAUUUCGCUUGUUCGUCCAAGAUCUGAAAAUAAUGGGCAAUUGUUUGGAACAGUUUAAGAAAUCACCCUCCGGCAACAUAGAGGAUUCAAGCGACGAACAUAACGAUGAUCUGGAGAAUUCUAACAGUCUCUUGAUAUUUCCUACCGAACAUUCCCGAUAUGAUACGCAUUAUAAGAUGAAUGGCAAAUUACGUGGAUUGACUUUGAUAUUUAACCAUGAAAACUUUGAUAAUGAAGAUCUAGCGCCAAGAAAGGGCACUGAAAGAGAUGUGGAAAAAAUUGCGAACACUUUUAGAGCUCUAGGAUUUCAAAUACAUUGUUACAACGACUUGACUCUGAAUGAAUUGAGAGAUCUGAUCCAGGACUAUGUUAAGCAGGAUUACUAUCACAAUUUGAGAGACUGUUUAGUGAUAUUUAUUCUCACCCAUGGACAUAACGACGAUCUGUGGGCAAAGGACACCACGUAUGACCCGCAGGUGGAAAUUGUGGAGAAUUUUACCAAUGAUAAAUGUCCAUCUUUUGCUGGAAAACCGAAGCUGAUUUUCAUCCAGGCUUGUAAAGGGGAAAUAGUUCAACGUGGGGUGAAAUUGCAGAUGCGACCAAACCGCACAAGCUUUGAUGGAUUGACCUUUUAUGAAUAUCCCACUCAUGCAGAUUUUCUAAUCGUGCAUGCUACUUCUAAAAAGCAUUAUGCUUUUCGCAAUGAAGAGAAGGGGUCGUUUUUUGUCACAGUUUUGUGCGAAGAACUAAGCCAACGGCACCAAAACACCGAUUUGCUAGCGAUUUUGAUUGGCGUUAAUCGAAGAAUGGCUAUUGAAUUUUCAUCCUCAAAUAGCGACAUCACUAAGCACGGCGGUAAACAGGCGCCGUAUUUCGAAAGCUCUCUAACAAGAUUAAUCUUGUUUGGACAUGGAUCUAAUUCACCAGACAACUAGACAUUCCAAUUUAUUUUAAUUCCAUUACAUGUUUAUUCUCUUUGUAUACUGAAAACUGUAUGUGUUUAUAACUCAAAUAAUGGAAUCUCUAAAUGAGAGAAUUUCUACGCUCAAUUGAAAGAUGUUCCUGUUAUGUAAUGUUUUGUAUAUUAUAAUAUACCACUUUAUAUAUACAUUUUCUAAUUCCUGCUCAGUUGCCUCGGGUUUUCAUAAAACCCAAUAAAUAUUUCCCCAGAAUAUGAAUUAGAAAUCAAUUCCAGUUGAGGCUCUUUCGCAUUAAUCUUCUCAAAAAAUGAAAUUUUCAAUCGCUGAUACAUGUAAAAGUACAUUUCGAGUCUUUUCACUGUCUUCUGAUUUUUUUCCGAUUGCUGUUACCGUUAGGCAUGCGGGACUUUUUUGCCUACAUAAUUUUUAUAUCCGAUUUAAAUAUACAAUAAUUGAAGAAUAUUUAUUAGCAAAUAAGUAGAUACAUAAAAAUAUAUCAAAAAAAUUCACUAAAGUAUAAUAUAAUAGGAAUACCAUAAUAAUUUUCUACUCUAAAAUAAAAAUGAGCAAUAAACAUAGGUACCUAAUCUAAAUAACCAAGAUAUGUAAAAAUUAAUGAACCUUCUGCAAAUUCGAUUGAUAAAAGCGAAUAGCUAGCACUAUUAGUAAGUAGGACAGUCGAAUUUUAAAAGAUUCAUCACUUGAUUAUAGCUUAAGACUUAAUCUAGAAAAAUAAAUGCGCAUCUAGGAUAAAUUGUCAAAAUAUAAACAAAUGACAGAAAAAACAUACAACAUAUUAAUGGAUAAUUCCAGCUAUCCAAAUGCUCAAGGACUUUUUUCGUUUUGUAUGAUUUUAUUGCACUAUUAAAUGCCCGAGGAAUAGUUGGCAAAAACCAAAGUUUCCCCCUUUUCAUACAUUGCAAAGUCUUUAGUUAAACAGGAAAAAGUAGCAUUUUAAAAUAUUCUGUCAUUUUUACAUUUAAAUUUGAUACAUUUAGCUCAGAUGCAUAAAAAAGCAUUCUUGUAAAUUGGCGUACAAAAAGGUCUGCAUGAAAGACAAUGGCACGGUAUACAAAAAUACGUAUUCUCUAAAUAUAUUUUUAGUGUAAAAUGGUAUUGGGUCAUUCAAUAGGUAGUUUAUCGCAUUGUAUCAAAAAUUUAACUGCUUGAACAUGAGGCAGUGUCAUUUUCAGGGGCAGCAUCGGAUUUUUUAUCCAAAAUUUCUCUAAAAAUUCCAAAAUUCGUUAAAAUUGACGAAUGCUUUAUACAUGGCAGUGAACGUUUCCCACUAAACUUUUCUAAAGGUGUGUUAACAUUUAUCGGCUACUAACUACACGACAAUAAUAUAUUUUAGUUUAAUCUACAUAAACCAUUCAUUAUACGUUUUCUCCAUCAGCUAUAACCCAAUCAGAAUGCUACUUAUGUGAUGUGAUUAAUCAGUUUCUUCGGUUAGUUAAACAUAAUUAGUGUGGCUCUAUAAAAACGACUGUAAAAGUGUUAGAAUAAAUUCAUGAAAUGUUAGCCCAAAAAUUUCCUUAAUUUAUAUGAAAGUUUCUGUAAACUGUAUACUCGGAAGAAUGAUUGAUUUCCAUAAGACAACUGAAUCUGAUUCCCGACAGUAGAUAUUAACUAGUAACAGCAUUUUCAUCAGUUUCAAGGUUCAUGUAUGUAAUAAGUUGUUUGAUUUCGAUAAAAUACGUUAAAAAUAUAUGUAAGCACAAGUAUGAAUUAAUACUUACCAUAUUAGCUAGUUAGGGUAUGAAGAAAUUACGGUCUACACAACACUGACACCUUGAAGUACAAAUAGACAUGCUUAUCGCGAUACGAUACACUCGAUUGAAAGUGUAUUAGUUAAAUAAAGUGGUGCUUAACAAUUGACAAAUUUCCCACCAACAAGCAACUGAAAUCAAUCCAAUAAACGACAAUCUAGUUCCUCAAUCAUUAGCAUGCCCUUCUAGUAAAUAAACCCCAUAUUUACAUAACCAGCCAGUUGAAGCAUUCGUGGAGAAUCAGCUUUAAAUAUUAAUUAAUGAAAGUAGCAGAGAGCACAAUGGAAACAUUAGCCAGUUUUACAGAUCUCAAUAAAAGUCAAUAAACCGAUUAAAUUUUAGGCGUGACGUCACAAUAUUCAACCGGAUUGUCUACCGGGAUAGUGACAGAGCGCCAAACUGGCAGCGGUCGCGUGACGGUUGCAAUAUGAGGUUAACCGCAACCGAUUUGUUUGUAAUUUGUAAAUUAUUUGUUAUCUAUGGUGUUCAUUGCGAUUUACCGGCUGUGUAUCAAAUUGUAAUUGUAAGGUGGAAUCAAUAAAUAUGAAGACGAAAAACCCGAAUCCGUCACGAAGCAAUUCGUCUAAACGGCAGGUCGAGUUUUACGUUCGCAAUGAUCAGUAUAGCUGCUCAAGGAAAACUUUUAGAGAAAUAAGACAUUAUCAGCAGAUGACAGAUGUGCUCAUUCCGAAAAUAUCCUUCCAGCGAUUAAUUAUGGAAAUUUUAAGAAGCUUUAAUCCUGACGCUCGAAUAGCUCAUUCUGCUGUAGAGGCGUGCCAAGUAGUGGCGGAACAUUAUCUUGUGGAGCUGUUCAACGACUCGCAAAGAGCGGCUAAUCACGCCCGAAGAAAAACCGUUCAACCAAGGGACAUGCAAUUGGUUCUUGAGUUCAAGCCAGUUUGAACAGAAGUACGUUAUGUCAAGAUUGGUCCCAUUGUAUUUAUUUUUUUUUAAAACUUUAUGGCCCAGAGCAUCGGCAUAUGUUUUUGACUGUAAUGCUUGCCAUGCAAGCAACGUAAGUUUAAGCAAAAUGACACUGUUAAUGUAGGAUCAUUAUUUAUGUUAGAGUCGUUUUCAUUUAUCUAGUAUCUAAGAUAAGAAGGACUAAUAACUAAGAUAUUGUAACUCUUAUUAAAUUUAUAUUUUUAUAAGUAGUUAAAAAGUUCAAAAAAGGCUGUAUUUUAUUACUGUUGUUCUUCCCAAACUUGCGGGAAUUUUCCAGAGAAAAUUGGCUGAAUUAAACUUUUUUAUUUUUUU